CGGACACACACACACAACAGCCAUGAAGUUUGUAGUUCUUGCCUGCCUGGCCGCCAUGGCCGCCGCCGCCCCCCAGCCCCAGGACUCCCCACCUGUGGCCAUCCUCCGCGACGACCGUCAGGACUCCGGCGACGGCAAUUUCAACUACGCCUUCGAGGCCGAGAACGGCAUCUCCGUGGAAGCCUCCGGCAGCCCUGGCUCAGAGGGUCAGAGCAACAUCCAGGGCGUGUACAGGUUCCCCCUCGACGACGGCACCAUCGCUGAGGUCCGCUACGUCGCCGACGAGAACGGCUUCAGACCCGAAUCCCCUCUGCUGCCCACACCCCACCCUCUCCCCGCCCACGCCCUCGCACAGGUCCGCUUCGCCGAGGAGCAGCGAGCCCUUGGUGUUGUCUUUGAGUAAAUAUCUCCCAUCGACCUCCUCCAAGCAAUACAUUUAUAUAAUAUAUUUAAUAUAAAUGCUCAAGAUGUGUACGAAUGUACUGAACGGAUUUAACAAUAUUGCGUUUCUAAUAAAUUGCAGUUGAA